UGUGGGAUGGGAGUCGACAGGAAUUGGGAGAAAUACUUUGAAAUUGAAAAAAAACGAAUAGAAAUGUAGCGAGCAAAAAUGCUUAUAUCAUUAAUUAGCUCAUGGAUUCCUGGGUCUUGUUUCCGUCUCUGUAGCUAGUUGGUUAAACUAGGCUGGAAGCUUAUUAGGGAGAGCUAGCUUGGCUCUAUCUGCCACACAUGGUCUGUUUAGACAUCACGAAGUAGCUCAGAAUAACAAAAGCGGUCGUAUCGACCACAGCUUUCAGGAAACAUUUGCUCUCCACCGCUAGAAAAAAGUCGUGUCAGCAGCGCUUGGCGUACUUAGCUGCAUCGUUAGCUCUACAGCUAACUAGUUAGCUUACCCCGUUUGACAUAUCGGUCCUACGGGUGGAGCAGGGAAGUGUUUGAAUAUUUAGCAUAGUUGGCCGCUUUUAAUAUUCGACCGACAUCUCCCGAAGUAGACUCAUUCUAACAUUUUGUUUUGUAUAAUGUGUAAUUAAAAGGGAAAAUAAUGCAAGUCAUAGCUGUAGCUAACCAGCUGAAAGCUGUAAACCAACAAGCGCCAAAAACACAACAGGGGUGACUGGCUGAUUAUGUGGCCCCGUUACAUUUCCCCCACUUGUCCCAGGUUCUGUUACUUUUAGCAGCUACGUUUCCCACUAUUAGUUUCUCCAGAACCAUUCCCUCACUGCACUAAGGUGCCAUUUUUUCCCAGAAUAAAGAACAGAAGCGAGCCCAUGGCUAUUUACGUUCUUGUUUUGUGAUGCAAAGCGUUGUUAAUUGUUUUAAGUGUUGGUAAAAGUUCAUUAAAUGCCAAACACUUCUGAGUAACGUCUGCUGACAGCAAAUUUUUAAUUUACAAUUUUUUUUAACAACAUAUUCCCUGACAGAAAGCAAGUCAUUUAAUUUGUGCAUAACAAAUAAAUACUCAUAUUCCUUGAACUUAACAUUUUGGCACAUAACAGACUUAAUGUGGCUUAUGAAAUAGUCCAGCAUAAAUGACCCAUAGUCCUUUAAUAUCCUUUAGGUUUUUUAAAUUUUUUAAAAUAAAGAUCUUAAAAAGUGAUGUUUAUUGGUUUUCAGCCGUCUGUACUUUGAUACCCCCAGGAAUAUAAUCCAUACGUGUUUAAUUUAAACACUAAUACAUUCAAACAAAUACAGUUGUUCUGUGAAGGUCUUAUUUAGUGAAUAGGAAGAUAACUGUAAACAUAAAAUGAAUGCUACAUACAGACUGGACAAGAAAAAUACUUUACUUUGGAAUAAAUAUUGAGUGGAGCAGCGAUGGAAGGUCACCAGCAGAUGUUGUGGCAGGUUGAUCUUCCUGGAAGCUCUCGGGAAGUGAAACAUGCUGUUGUGGUUUCCUGAUCAGAUGGUUUGUUUAUCCAAGUGAGAUCUUCUGAUGCGUUUGUUCACAGGAACACGAAUUGUGAUAAAUCUUCCAUUUAUUUUCAGUAACUUAUGAUCCACCAGUGAUGACUUCCUUUGUUUUCUUAGUGCUAAAAGGGGCAGUAUUAUGUUCAAUUGACUUUUGAGCUUUACAUCAUGUUAUAGUAUUGUAUUCCCUCAUCAAAAACAUACCUCGAGUGCUGCCUCGAUUCUUGCAUGCAUGUUUGAUAAAUUUUUUAAUCUCCACGGCAACCAUCCACCUGUACAAAACAUCUGAGUGGACCUAAUUCUGCCUUUGAGGACGUAGCUCCUUCUCAGAUCUGCAGUUUCUGACUCAGCUCCUUCAGACUAGCCAGCAGCAAUUAGCAAACACCUGGUGAAACUGCGUACAAUGAGAAGUAGCUCAUUAUUCUCAGUGCAACACUUGUAAAAAGUUUAAGGGGUUAAUCAAGGAUGACUUCCUGAAGGCGGACUUUCAGAAAGAGCAGGAGCUUCUUAUUUAAAGAGACGGAGAUCAAAUUUCAAGGUGUUGAAUUACAAAGUCAGAUUUCUUCUAAUACAAAAUUUUUAUGAUGACCGAUUGUAACAUGAAGUGAAACUAUGUGCCAUAUUGGGAGAGUCCAUAUUGGAAGAAGUUGCUCUAAAAUCAAUCUUUUUGACCCCCCCAAAAAAAGCAACAAAAAACCCGGCUCUAUUAUUACUACCGGCUCUAUUUAUAAGACCCAUCAAUAAGCAGCUGCCUCAGGUCAACUAUAUGGUGGAACAUUAGGGCCAGGCUGCAGCAUGCUCUUGGCCCAGAUCAACCGGGACUCCCAGGGAAUGUCCGAGUUUCACGAUGCAGACGGGCAGCCGGUCACGCUCUGUCUGACGGAGGCUGUGACGGUGGCAGAUGGUGAUCAGAUGGAGAACAUGGACACAGUGAGCCUGCAGGCUGUCACUCUUGCAGACGGUUCCACUGCGUACAUCCAGCACGAGUCCAAAGCAUCCUUCUCUGAUGGACAGAUCAUGGAUGGUCAGGUGAUCCAGCUGGAGGACGGCUCAGCUGCCUAUGUCCACCAUGUGUCCAUGCCUAAAACAGGAGGAGAGAGUUUACAGCUGGAAGACGGCCAGGCUGUCCAGUUGGAAGAUGGAACAACUGCCUACAUUCACACACCCAAAGAAACAUAUGACCAGAGCGGCUUGCAGGAGGUCCAGCUAGAGGAUGGAAGCACCGCCUACAUCCAGCACACGGUACACAUGCCUCAGUCCAACACCAUCCUGGCCAUCCAGGCUGACGGCACCAUUGCAGACCUGCAGGCCGAGGCCACGGCCAUCGACCCAGAAACCAUCAGUGUACUCGAACACUACGGCACCAAGGUGGAGAACGUGGAAAACCCCUUGGGGUCGUUUGGCAGAGUGGAAACAGACAGUGGUGUCCACAUGAGGAUUGUGCUGCAGGGUCAAGACAACAGGCAACCAAGAGUGACAAACGUCGGAGAAAAAUCUUUCCGCUGCGAAUACGAAGGCUGUGGAAAGCUCUACACCACCGCCCACCACCUGAAGGUCCACGAGCGCUCGCACACUGGUGAUAAACCUUACGUCUGCGAAUACCGGGGCUGCGGAAAGAAGUUUGCAACAGGUUACGGACUGAAGAGUCACUCGCGGACGCAUACAGGGGAAAAGCCAUACAGAUGUCAGGAGAUGAACUGCUGCAAGUCUUUUAAAACCUCCGGAGACCUUCAGAAACACACAAGGACUCACACAGGGGAGAAGCCCUUCAAGUGCCCAGUGGAGGGCUGCGGCCGCUCCUUCACCACGUCCAACAUCCGCAAAGUUCACAUCCGGACACACACGGGGGAGCGGCCGUACUACUGCUCCGAGCCCAGCUGUGGUCGCUCCUUCGCCAGCGCCACCAACUACAAGAACCACAUGAGGAUCCACACAGGAGAGAAGCCGUACGUUUGCACAGUGCCCGGGUGUGAAAAGCGUUUCACCGAAUACUCCAGCCUCUAUAAGCACCAUGUGGUUCACACGCCCUGCAAGCCCUACAACUGCAACCACUGCGGCAAGACGUACAAGCAGAUCUCCACGCUCGCCAUGCACAAACGCACCACGCACAACGACUCUGAGCCCAUCGAGGAGGAGCAGGAGGCCUACUUCGAGCCACCGGCAGAUGCCAUCGACGACCCAAACGUGAGCUACACACCGGCUGUGGUGGACACGGACGACUCGGAACCGAUCCCAGUGGACUCCUCGGACAUGUCCGGUCAGCCGCAGGUCGCCUUGGUAACGCAGGAAGAUGGAACGCAACAGGUCAGCAUCUCUGAAGAAGACCUGCAAGCAAUGGGUGGCACAAUCACCAUGGUAACCCAAGAAGGCACCACCAUAACCAUCCCAGCGCACGAACUGGCGACGCAAGGCGCACACGCUGUUACCAUGGUGGCAACCGACGGCUCGGACGAACAGGUGGCCAUCAUGACACCCGACAUGGCGUCGUUCCAAACUGUGGAGGAAGCAAACUACAGCCAAGACCAAGAGGAUCUCCAUCCGGUCACGUUACUGGCCACGCCCAAUGGCACUCACAUCGCCGUUCAGCUGAGCGAUCAGCCUUCUCUGGAAGAAGCCAUUAGAAUAGCCUCCAGGAUACAGCAAGGAGAAACCCCCGGCCUGGACGACUGAUUGGCUGACGACUGCGCAUGGACAAUGAAUGAAGAUCAAGACCAUUUCAAAUGGACUAUAUAUAUAUACAUAUAUAUAUAUAUAUU